AUGGAGAAGGAUUGGGAAAGAGAGUGGGAAGGGGAAAGGGAGAGAGAUGUGGGAAAAGAGAGGGAUGUGGAAAAGGAGAGAGGUUUUGGAAAGGGAAGGAAUAGGGAAAGGGAGAGGGAUGGGCAAAGGGCAAAGGAGAAGCAAAGAGAGGGGGUGGGAAAUGGGAGAGUGAUGGGGAAUGCGAGUGGGAAGGGAAAAGGGAGAGGGAUGGGGAAAGGAGAGGGAUGGGGAAAGGGUAGGGAUUGGGAAAAGAGAGGGACGGAGAAAGGGAUCGGUAAAAAAAGGAGGGAGAUGCGGCAAGGUUGA